AUUGAGUUUUUAUCCGGCAAAUUGAAAGGUCUAUACUUACAGCGUCUGCGCGUAAACAUAAACCAAAAAUUGUACGCGAAGAAAAGUUAAUUUUUUAACACAAAAAAAAAGAAUUGAAGAUUCAAUCUUCAAAAAACCUCUCUAUAAACAGUGAAUUCAAAGAUUAAUUUUUGUCUUUAAGUUCUUUAAGUGGUGUUUUGAAGAAUUUUAAUUUAUGUAGUGUGAAAUAUUUAGUUCAAAAGCUCGAUUUACUCAGUUUUGAAAUUUGAAAAAUGUCCAUCACUUGUGAUUGUGCUGUUGGGGUACCAACAGGUCCAACGUUAGCGUCAACAUGUGGCGGCAGUGCGUUUAUGCUUUUUAUGGGAUUGUUGGAGGUUUUUCUUCGUUCACAGUGCGAUCUUGAAGACCCGUGCGGCAGAGCUAGUUCUAGGUUUCGUUCCGAACCUGACUAUGAAUAUGACUUUAUUGUUGUUGGUUCCGGUUCAGCUGGAUCCGUAGUAGCAUCACGUUUAUCUGAGAUCCCUAAUUGGAAAGUUCUACUUAUUGAAGCCGGUGGUGAUGAACCAGUCGGUGCACAAGUUCCUUCGAUGUUCUUGAAUUUUAUUGGAAGUGAUAUUGACUGGCGCUACAAUACAGAACCAGAGAAGCAAGCUUGUUUAUCGUCCAAGGAGAAACGUUGUUACUGGCCCCGAGGAAAAGUGCUGGGAGGCACUUCAGUUCUUAAUGGCAUGAUGUACGUUCGAGGUAAUCGAGAAGACUACGAUGACUGGGAAUCAAUGGGAAAUCCAGGAUGGAAAUACGAAGAUGUGUUGCCGUUCUUCUUGAAAUCUGAAAACAAUUUGGAAUUGAAUGACGUUGGUACUGAAUACCAUGCAACUGGUGGUUUGAUGCCAGUCGUGAAAUUCCCCUACAAUCCACCUCUAUCGUAUGCAAUCCUCAAGGCUGGUGAAGAAUUAGGCUUUGGAGUUCAUGAUUUAAACGGAGCCAAUUCAACUGGUUUCAUGAUCGCACAGAUGACUGCUAGAAAUGGUGUCCGUAUGAGUUCGGCAAGAGCUUUCCUUCGACCAGCUAGAUUGAGGUCGAAUUUACACAUUCUACUUAACACUACCGUCACUAAGGUACUUGUCAAUCCGUCAACAAAGAGUGCUCAUGGAGUAGAAGUUAUUGAUCAAUAUGGAAGCAUGAGGAAGAUUCUAGUUAAGAAAGAAGUGAUUGUGAGUGGAGGAGCAGUUAACUCGCCACAAGUUUUGCUUUUAAGUGGAAUUGGACCAAAAGAUGAUUUGAAAAAGGUCAACGUCCGACCAGUUCAUGAUCUGCCUGGAGUUGGAAAAAAUCUUCAUAAUCAUGUUGCCUACUUUACUAACUUCUUUAUCGACGACGCCGAUACUGCUCCCCUCAAUUGGGCAACAGCUAUGGAAUAUUUGCUCUUCCGUGAUGGUCUUAUGUCUGGAACAGGAAUUUCUGAUGUAACUGCUAAAGUAGCAACACAAUACGCUGAUGCUCCACAUAUUCCCGAUGUCCAAUACUUCUUCGGAGGUUAUUUGGCAAGUUGUGCCAAGACAGGCCAAGUAGGGGAGCUAUUGUCAAACAAUUCUCGCAGUAUUCAAAUUUUCCCAGCAGUUUUGAAUCCCAAGAGCAGAGGCUACAUCACACUUGGGUCGAAUGACCCUCUUAAACCACCAAAGAUAAUCGGAAACUACCUUACCGACGAGAGAGACGUAAAGACACUGAUCGAAGGAAUAAAAUUUGCAAUUCGCUUGUCAGAAACAACACCACUGAAAGCAUACGGAAUGCGUUUAGACACCAAGCCCGCUAAAGGAUGUGAAAACAUUAAAUUCGCCACUGACAAAUACUGGGAAUGCGCCAUCAGACAAGACACCGGCCCCGAAAACCAUCAAGCUGGUUCAUGCAAAAUGGGACCAGCUCGAGAUCCCUACGCUGUUGUCGAUCAUGAACUGAGAGUCCAUGGGAUUCGAGGAUUGCGUGUUAUUGAUACUUCUAUCAUGCCCAAAGUGACGGCCGGAAACACUCAUGCACCGGCAGUAAUGAUCGCCGAAAGGGGUUCGCAUUUAAUUAAGAGGGCCUGGGGAGCACAACAGUUUUUAAUGGUUUGUGUUUUAUCGGGAGGUUUAUUUGGAUUCCAAAUAUUAUUAGCUGAUGGAAUUCCGAUGCAAUGUACAGAAAGUCCUUCAACAAUGGAUCUUAAGGAAGUCAUGGAUAUUUGCAAUGCCAGUUUUUCAAUACCAAUGGAAUAUUUAACUGAAUUCAACACCACUGGAGUACUUCCUGACGAAGUUGAUAAAACUGGAAUGUGUUACAUUCGAUGUGCUUUUGAAAAAUUAGGCCUAAUCAAAGAUUGGAUAAUAGAUAAACCACUUUUACAAAAAACAAUGUGGCCAGCUACUGGAGAUUCAGUUGAAGUUUGCGAAAAAGAAGGAAAAAGUGAGCCAAACGCAUGUGUAAGAACUUAUGCAAUAGCAAAAUGCCUUAUGAUUCGAGCAAUUGUUGAUGCCAGAGACAAGCAAAAAAUGUCCGCCAAUUGUAACUGUUCUGUUGUAACAACAGCAGGUCCAACAUUAGCAUCAACAUGUGGUGGAAGUGCGUUUAUGCUUUUUAUGGGAAUGUUAGAAGUUUUUGUUCGUACACAGUGCGAUCUUGAUGAUCCUUGCAGUCGAGCUGCUAAAAGAUUUCGAGCAGUACCGGACAACGAGUAUGAUUUUAUUGUUGUUGGAGGUGGUUCAGCUGGUGCAGUGGUGGCGUCACGUUUAUCUGAAGUUCCUAAUUGGAAAGUUCUCCUUGUAGAAGCUGGUGGUGAUGAACCAGUUGGUGCACAAAUUCCUUCGAUGUUCACGAAUUUUCUUGGAACUGAAAUAGAUUGGAAUUUUGAAACCGAACCAGAGGAACAGGCAUGUUUAUCAUCCAGAAAUAAACGUUGCAAAUGGCCCAGAGGCAAAGUUCUGGGAGGCACAUCUGUUCUGUAUGGGAUGAUGUAUAUGCGAGGUAAUAAAGAGGACUAUGAUUAUUGGGAAUCGAUGGGAAAUCCAGGAUGGGGUUACAAAGAUGUAUUGCCAUACUUUUUAAAAUCAGAAAAUAAUGUAGAAGAAGCUGAUAAUGUACAUCACAAAACUGGAGGUUUAAUGACUGUUGAAAAAUUCAAUUACGUUCCACCUAUGGCAUAUGAUAUUCUAAGGGCUGGACAAGAGCUAGGUUAUGGAAUUCAUGAUUUGAAUGGUCCCAAUUCAACUGGAUUUGUUAUUGCACAGACGAUUUCUAAAGCUGGAGUGCGCAUGAGUUCAGCAAGAACGUUUCUUCGACCAGCUGAAUCUAGAUCUAAUUUGGAUAUUUUGCUGAACACAAUUGUCACUAAGGUACUUGUUGAUCCUUCCACAAAGAGUGCUUAUGGAGUUGAAGUAAUUGAUCAAAACGGAAACAAGAGAAAUAUUCAGGCUAAAAAGGAAGUGAUAGUAAGUGGUGGAGCAAUUAACUCACCACAAAUUCUCCUUUUGAGUGGAAUUGGACCAAAAGAGGAUCUAGAAAAGGUAAAUGUGAAGCCAAUACAUGAUCUACCUGGAGUUGGAAAAAAUCUCCACAAUCAUGUGUCUUACGUCACUAACUACUAUAUCGACGAGCCUGACACAAGACCAUUAGACUGGGCAUCGGCUAUGGAAUACAUGCUUAAUCGAGGUGGAUUAAUGUCUGGGACAGGAAUUACAGAAGUAACUGCUAAAAUCGCAACAAAAUACGCAGAUGGUCCCUAUAUUCCUGAUGCACAACUCUUCUUCAAUGGAUAUUUGGCAAACUGUUCAAUGACAGGCCAAAUUGGAGAGCUUGCCUCAAACCAUUCUCGUAUUAUUCAAAUUGCACCUUUAACAUUGAAUACUAAGAGCCGAGGUUAUCUCACAUUAAAAUCUAACGAUCCACUUGAACCACCAAAAAUAUUUGCAAACUAUUUUAACGACACGCGAGAUGUUAAGACUCUUGUUGAGGGUAUUAAAAUUGGUAUUGAAUUGUCUAAAACAGCACCUCUUAAAGCACAUGGCAUGCGUCUCGAUAGAACUCCGGUAAAGGGAUGUGAAAAUAUUGAAUUUGGAACUGACGAGUACUGGGAAUGUGCCAUUAGGCAUGACACUGCACCAGAAAACCAUCAAGCUGGUUCAUGCAAAAUGGGACCUAAAGAGGAUGAAUAUGCUGUUGUUGACCCCGAUCUAAAUGUGCAUGGAGUUCAAAAAAUUCGAGUUAUAGAUGCUUCUGUCAUGCCACAAGUGGUAACCGGAAAUCCUUAUGCAACUAUCAUUAUGAUCGCUGAAAAAGGUUCAGAUGCAAUUAAGAAAAAGUAUGAUAUCAUGUAGAUAGAUCAAACAUAUCUUUAUUGAGUUGAACUUUUACUUAUUUCAUGUUGAUUAUGAACAACGGACAUUUUCUCUGAAAAAUAUUUAAAAAAAGGAAAACGUUUAAUUUUCGAAAUAAUAUUGAUUAAAAAAUAAAGAAAAGAAACCAUUCCAUCCA